UAAUUUACGUAACAAAGAAGUAGAUUGAUGACGUGUACGUCUGUAAAGAGAUGUAUUGCUGUCUGAACAGGCUCUCAUUUUGUGGAAUUACAAUGGAAGGAAGUGUUUCUCUGGCAUCUGCUCUCAAAUCAAACCCAACUGCUAUGAAGGAACUUGAUUUGAGCUACAAUAACCCAGGAGAAAUUGGAGUGAACCAGCUGUCAAGCCAACUGCAAGAUCCAUUCUGUAGUCUUGAAAGAUUAAAUGUGGAGCAUGCAGGAGAGUGCUGGCUAAAAAGUGGACUGAAAAAACAUGCCUGCCAACUCACUCUGGACCCAGACACUGCAUAUGAUUCACUUUGUGUGCGGAAUGGAAGAAUACUUCCUUCUUGGAUGGAGGAGCCAGAUAGGGCAUACAAAGACAAUCCAGAAAAAUUUGACUCAUAUGGCCAAGUGCUGUGUAAAGAAGGCCUAACAGGGCACUGCUACUGGGAGGUAGAUCUUCAUCGUGGGGAGGCUGUUGUGGGAGUUGCAUAUAAAGGGAUUAGCAGAAAAGGGAAAGGUAAUGAAUGUAAGCUUGGACAUAAUGACAAAUCCUGGUGUGUGAGCUUCUCCUCCUUCUGCUCUCUUAGCAGUGGUAUUACUGCCUGGCACAAUGAUGUGAAAAUUCCUGUAAAGCUCCAACGCCGCUUUUACCUCAGCAGGAUAGGAGUGUUCCUGGACUGGCUGAAUGGGACUCUGUCCUACUACUGGAUUACCUCGGGAACACUGACCCACCUGUACACGUUUCAUGCAGAAUUCACUGAGCCCUUAUACCCUGCAUUUCGGGUGUGGGGUAAAUCAACAAUAAAGCUGGUGGACAGUAAAACAGCCAGGAAUCCCAUAUCCAGAUUGGUCACACUAUAAAUGUAACGUGAAUUGCUUCUUUGUAAUAAGAACUAUUUUUCUUAUGUUGUGUCCACCACCAGUUUAAUGCACACACCCACUUACAUU